UUUAGAAAAUUCGAAAUCGCUCACCUUUCGCCAUAUUCUCUCAAAAGUUUACCAGAGAAAAAGAAUGUUGGACGUGUUGUAAAAAGUGCAUUUCGUGAAAAUUCUAUUUAUUUUAAUCGAAAUAUACUUGAUGUGUUCUGCGUCAGGAUGAACGAGCUUCGUCACAAACCGAAGGAAAAUUUCACGAGUUACGUGAAGGAGGGCUUCAACGAUAGUUUCUCUUCGGACGGACUACAAUUAAAAUUCUUAUCAGGUGAACUUGAAGCUGCCCGAGUAAACAAUGUAUGCAUGUACACAACCCAUUGUAUCAAAGAUAAUAAAUAUAUAGACGAGAAGGAGGGAGCUCUCAUUAUUACUAACUUCCGCCUUUCCUUUUUGUGCAUUGAAAGCGAUUCUGAAGAGCUUUCAGCCUACCAGAGAAACACAUUCCUUGGUAAAUACGACGUAUCUUUGCUGAACAUUGAUAAAAUAUACCAAGUAACGGACAAGAAAAAACGCGUGGUGAACCCGCAGACGAAAAACAGCAGUAAGAUUGAAAUCAUAAAAAUCGUUUGUAAAAACUUUAGAAUAUUUACAUUCGGAUUUAGAAAAGCUGGGUUAGGCAAAGGAAAGUAUGUCGCUGACGCACUGGUGAAAUUUGCUUUUCCUGCCAAACAUAGUCUGCUGUUCCUCUACAACUACAAAGAGAAGUAUUAUAAUUCGAGCCGAUCAGUUUGCAUGUUUAAUAAAAAAUGCGACUGGGACAACGAAUUGCAGCGAUGUGGGGGAGAGGCCGGCUGGAGAGUGUUCUCUAAGGAUAACAUGGAGGUUAAAAGCACUCUUCCCAUGCAUUAUGUAAUACCUAAGCAUUUGUCGGAUAUAGAAUACCUCAAUAAUUCCAAGAGCUUCAGGAAUUGUCGCUGCGCUAUAUGGGUUUGGAGUAUUAAAAAUGCUGCUCUGGUACGAAUGGCAGAACUGAAUCCUGAGAUUGCCAGUGCUACUAUCGAAAACGCGAUGCUAGAACACGUACGCAGAUGUGACCCGUCAAAGAAGCCUAUACAUUUAAUGGAGCUCACCAAACUAUUACCCAGUAUUCAAGACGUGAACCUGAGUUACCUCAAUCUGCGAAAGUUAUGCAUACCAGAGAAUGACCGAGAGUUCAUGCAACAAGAUUCCAGGUUCUAUUCGCUGCUCGAUAAAACCUAUUGGCUUUUGUAUGUUUCGGUGUGCCUGAAGCAAUCGGUAGAAGCUGCUAAAAUGUUGAUAAGCGGUCGCACCGUGGUAUUGCAGGAAAUCAGCGGUCGGGAUAUGUGUAGCGUCAUUUCAAGUCUGGUGCAAUUGUUGCUCGAUAAUAGUUUCCGAACUAUGAGCGGUUUUCAGACACUAAUUCAGAAGGAAUGGGUUAAUUUAGGUCAUCCAUUCAGUGAACGUAUGGGGCAUAUCUAUAAUGGAAACUCAAUCGAACGUAGUCCGCUCUUUCUACUGUUUUUGGACUGUGUGUGGCAGUUGCUGCAGCAGUUUCCGGAAGAGUUUGAGUUUUCCGAAACAUUCCUCACAAGUUUGUGGGACUCAGUGUUCCUUCCCAUAUUCGAUACUUUCCAGUUCAACUCGGAGACUGAAAGGCAGAUUGCUCAACUGAAUGACCACAUUAUUCUGAGGCCUGUAUGGGACUGGGGUGAACAGUUCAGCGACAAAGAUAUCGCGUUAUUUACCAAUCCAUUGUACAAAAAACCGCCGGACACGGGACAUGCAUUGGAGAAAAAGCCAAGAUUACCACCAACAGCGUACCGUCUUCCUUGCAUCGACGAUUUGAAGGAUAGCAAUAACUUAGCAAUACACAACUUACCAGGAACAAAUGCAUCAGCUUUGAGUCCAUCCGCCACAUCAGCUGGAGCGCAAAGUACUGAUUCGCCGGCAUUCUUGGAACCACUGUGUACUGUGAGGGACAUGGAAAUUUGGCACCAGUGCUACUACCGUUGGAUACCAUUCUUGGAGAUAAAAAACGGUGGAUACCCGCAGAUUGAUCUAUUCAACCGGUCGGUGUUGAAUGGCAUCAACAGAUUAAUGAAAGUAUUAAACACAGGCGCCAUGACUGCUUCCAACGAAAACAUACUGCUGGGUGGAGGCAACAGCGAGGAAAACUUGCUUGACAAAGAAGGAACUAACGCCAGUGAAGAAGUGGACGGCUCAAGACUGCCCGUCAUAAACUCGUUCUUUCCUUUCACCAGCAAUGUUAGCAAUAGUGAAGAGUUGCUUGAUAUUCUGGUCACAAAUGGGGAAUUUUUACCAGACGGUUCCAUUGUUGACUCGUUGAACUAUUGAUUUGUUUGCCUUCUACGCGUCGUCACUGCAACUUCACGUAAUAAAACGUGCAACUAAUAAAUCAAAGUCCAAACGUUGUUAUGCAGUUAAUUUUGAUAAAUAUUUUACUAUUUUAAAAUGUAAAUAUUUAAACCGCAGUACCAGUCGAGAAAAUAUAGAAAUAACUAUUAAAGUGAAA